GUACUCACCCGGCCUCGUGUAGUCCGUCUCCCCGCCUCACCCUCGCCUCCGGGCGCCGCUCCUCUUAGGUGGGCCCUCCUACCACCCUUCAGCGACGCCAUCUGCGCCGGGGUUGACGGGGGCGGCGUGUGUGAGGCUCGCCCAGACUGCGCCGGUGAAUCAGGUCGGAGGCGCUGGUGUUGACGGCGCCUUCGGGGAUGCCGCAGCGGCAAAGCCAGAUGCAGGAUGUGACGGGCCUCCACGCGGGAGUCGAUAUCAGUUUGUGAUGCUGCGCAACAGUACUCGGGAGAAAAUAUUCGACUAUAUGGGAAGGAAGCCAUCCUCGGCUAUCUAUUGGGGGCGGCUGCCGGAGCUUGCGAGGCGGCUCGAGGAAAUCUUGUUUAGAGAGUACCCAACCAAGAGUACUACAAUAUGAUGAGGGGGGCGAUUGAGCACCACUUGCGGUUUGCCGUGAACCUCUUGAGUGUUGAGAACCAACAACAACAACAGAACCGACAAUCGUCAAGGGGAAGCUCCUGAUGAGCAUGUGAACACACUGCCGCCUCUGGGAUGAACCCUACACACCAUGAUCGUCCAAGAGCAUGCAACAACAACCUCGUGAUAGACACAGUGGACACAGCUGCAACCAACGGACUCUUGAAACCCCGUGUACCUGUGAAGGAGGCCCGAAAGGAACCAAAGUUCAGCUGCCCAGUCUGCAUGAAUGAGCUGGUCGAUGCGUCAUCGACUAUCUGUGGCCACAUCUUCUGCCAGAACUGCAUUGAGGCCUCCAUCCAAGCUCAGAGCAAGUGACCGACCUGUCGUAGGACGCUAACCAGGAACAGUUUCCACUGCGUCUACCUCCCGACGAUGGACUAACCUGGUCCAGCCAUUCUGGGCAGAGCAGAGCCUUGGCACCUGUGCUCCUCUCUCUUCUUGCAACUGUUUAUUUUCUCCACAUUGAUGACUAUUGCGACUCCUCAAGUGCCUCCUGCAGCUGCUCCUCCCUCCACACUGCCUCCAGUCCUCCACCCAUGAGCAGCAUCCUAUGCCCCUAUAUAAGGGCAUCCAGUGACACGAUGAAGGGGGCUUUCAAGAUCUAUCGAAGACCUAGUCUAGCCACUUAGCCAAACUGAUCUAGGCAUCUCGCCGAGAUCAACCAUCUAGAACUCGACGAGUUGCUCUUCAACUCGUCGAGACCCCCAUUGUAAUCAUUCUUUGUACUCUAUCUUCAGAUCAUCCCAUAUAAGCAAGAGUAGGGCCAUUCCUAGAGGCUCGAACCUGGGUAAAACUUGUGUCCCAUGUUUAUCUGACGACUUGUGGUUACUUUCCACUCUCAUACAUAUCUACCUGUGACUCUCCCUUUUUGGACUUCAAGAGAGUUUUCUUGCGUUUCAAAUUUUGGAAAGUUGGAAUGUUUGUGCCUGAAAGGUUUCAUCUACAUAUUUUAUUGGCAAUUUUUGUUUAAUACUAUUUUGAAAAUUUAGCAUUGCAUGGUAGUGGGUAGUUGGCGAGUUAGUGUCGUUAGUAGAAGUUAGUUUAAACAGCUGGAAGUCCAUCCAAAACUUUUUGCAAUCUGUGGUGCAUAACCAAAGUCACACGGCGCGGCAGGCUCCGCCCCCGGUCAAAACUAGUUUUAACACGUGGCAUAGCGCGUAGGGUGAUUCCGAAGGAUUUCUCUUGCAACAACUUUGUAGUCUUGCCCGGAAGCAACUCUGACGAAGAGCGGUUAUAUAGAGCGGGGAGCACGCAGCUGGCCCACCACCAGUAUUGACUCUCCAGGCUCAGGUACCAUUGGUCUGGCACUGUGUAAGGCUCGGCUGGCUGGCUGCGAAGAUUGGGCCCAUGAAUCAGGUUGGUGGUGCUGGCGCCGGGAUGCCGCCGCGGCAAAAUCAGAUGCAGGAUGUGUUGGACCGCUCCGCAGGGGUCGAUCCCAAGUUCAUGGUGCUGCGCAUCAAUACUCGACAGAAGAUAUUCGAGUACAUAGAAAGGAAGCAACCGUCGGCUAUCUGGCAGUGGCGGCUGCCGGACCUUGCGAAGCGGCUCGAGGAAAUCUUGUUUAGAGAAUACCCAAACAAGAGGGAGUACUACAAUAUGACGAAGGGGCCGAUUGAGCCCCACUUGCAGUUUGCCAUGAAGCUCUCGAGUGUUCGGAAUCGGCAACGACAACAGAACCGACAAUUGUCAAGGCAGAUAACAUGUUCCCCUUGCUAUGGGAUAAUGAUCGUGACACCUGGUGUCACGCAAGGCGCAAGUGAAAAUUCUAGAAUGUCUUUCGUGACAGGCAACACUGGCCCUUUGUCGUCGGGUGCAAACAUGGUUCCGCUGAACGCCAACAUGGGUACCUUGCUGCCAGGGGAAGCUCCCAAUGAGCAUGUGAACACACUGCUAUCUCUGGGGAUGAACCCUACACACCAUGACCGCUCGGGAGCAUGCAACAACCACCGUGUAAUAGACAUGGUGGAAGCACCUGAAACCAACAGACUCUUGGAAACCCAUGCACCCGUGAAGGAGGUCGCAAAGAAACCAAAGUUCAGCUGCCCAGUCUGCCGGAACGAGCUGACCGAUGUGUCAUCGACCAUCUGCGGCCACAUCUUCUGCCAGAAGUGCAUCGAGGCCUCCAUCCAGGCUCAGAAGAAGUGCCCUACCUGCCGUAGGACGCUGACCAUGAAGGAUUUCCACCGUGUCCACCUCCCGACGAUGGACUGAACUGAUCCAGCCAUUUUGGGCGCAGCAGAGCCUCAGGCACCCGUGUUCUUCUCCUCGCCUGCAUUGUGUCCAUUCUAUCUACACAGGGUUGCCUCUACCAUUCAGUUUCCUGCCCCAACUGUGUGACUAGCAAUAGUUUUGAGACAUCGUUACCAAUCAGUCUGUAUCCCUAGCGCUCAAUAAUACCGUACUCUCGUUGUUCGGGUUUAUAGUCUGUUGCUUUUGUCUUAAGUCAAAACUCCUUGAGUUCUGUAUAUACAAAUGUCAACAUUUGUAAUACCAUAAAAUAUGUUUUUCUUAA